AUGAAGCGAGCUCUUCCUUUGGGGCUGGGCGUCUUGGCCCUGGUCACUACCAUUGCGCUCAUAUGCGAUGGCAUUGUUCUGGCCGUUCAGACGACGAAAGGAUCCUCGGUAUGGGCUACAUCAAUCAUCGCCACCAUACUCGAGGCCAUCGUCCUGAGCAUGCUGGCAUGGUUCGUUUUGACGACCUGUUCACAAGCGCUCGCGACCCUCCUCCGACGCUCAUCGCCAAGACGUCUCGCCGCCUCAUUCACUCUCGCAGGUAUUGCUUGUCUCUUUGCGUCAGCCAUGGUCAUCGCUACCAUCGUUUGUCUGAGCAACGAACCCGGAGCUGUCGGCCCUCACAGGUCUAGCCAAGCUCAACUCGGUGCCACUGCCACCAUUCUCGCCGUUGCGGUCGCCUGUCAACUGGGCUUCCUUGCUGCGCACUACUUCCUUUGCCGACGGACCGACAAUCAAGACGACGCAGCCGCGCACAACGAUGCCGAGCUUCGUUCAUCGCCAACCUCACGGCUCAAGUCGGUCCCGUACAGUCGCACCCGGCCUUCCCUCGCCAAAAAUCAAGAGACAGAUUCCAAGAGUUCGAUGGAGAGUGGAUUCACGGAGGAGCUCAAGGCAGGCUAUCAAGGCGUCUCGUCUCCCCGGCCUUCCUUGUCACCUUCUUUGCACCACGCCUCUUCAAAGACAAAACUAGCACCGUUGCCGGAGAAGCAGCGCCCUCAGUCGCUGGAAACGGUACGCCAGAGGCCCAGUGCUGACGGGUCGGACAAAUCAUCAUUGUACAGUCGGCAUACACAAGACCUGCCAUCGCCUGGCCUCGUCAAGCCGCGUCUCCUCGAGACGAUACCGGCCAGCCCGACCGUGGCCAAUGACCCUGCCAUGAGCCUUGCCGCAGACCUCGAACCCCCUCCUCCCAUCAUGCAACGCAGCCGCAGUUUCAGCCCCGUUGGCGAGGAGCGCAGAUCACGACAACGGACCCAGUCACCAGCACCCUCCGCCGAAGAAGCCAACAUCCACCCCUUGUUCCGAUCAGAUUCGCCAACGCCGCCACCGUUGGCAUCGUCCGGGACUAGCGUCGUAGCGUCUCCGGACGCCGGCAAGAUAAUUCCUCACCGCCCAAGCAUGCAGUCUAUGCGGCGCCUACGCAGCAGUAGCUCAGCAUCCACAUUGAGUCCCCUUAGUCGCCGAAAUUCUCUCGAGGCACCAAGCAUCAAGAAGCCUCGGGAUGAGCAGGGCAGUAUCCUUGAAGUGGAUGAGGAGAGCGCGGCGGACACGGAUGUCGAGAUCCUCCCUCCGAUCCCCGACUUUGUGAUGGGCGCAGGCAACCGACACAGCUUGACGCGCUACAACAGCAAAAAGUCAGAGCACGAGCAGAGCUGA